AAAAAUUACAUUCAAUGUCGAAGGAAGAGGAUCAAAGUGAAGUAGAGGAUCAUAUUUUAAAAAGAUUUGAUUUGUAAGAAUAUAAAGGAAAGGGAGCUUAUGGGAUUGAAUGGAAGGCGUACGAUACAAAAACCAAAUAAAUUGUUGCAUUGAAAAAAGUUUUAUUUUAAAAAUAAGCUAGGUGUUUGAUGCUUUUCAAAAUUCUACAGAUGCAUAGAGAACUUACAGGGAAGUUGUAUUUUUGAAAUAAUUAAAUACUCAUGAGAACAAAUUAAUAUCUGUCAUAAGGGCAGAUAACAACAAAGACUUAUACAUGGUUUUUGAGAAUAUGGAAACAGAUUUGCAUCGAGUAAUUGUUUUUUAAUAAUACAAAAUAGGUUAUCAGAGCAGAAUUGUUAAAUAAUAUGCAUAUCCAAUAUGUGAUGUCUUAAAUUCUGAAAAGUCUCAAAUACAUUCAUUCUGGAUAGUUAGUAUACAGAGAUUUGAAGCCAGUGAACAUUUUGAUAAAUGCAGAUUGCCAUAUCAAAGUGGCUGAUUUUGGAUUAUCAAGGUGUCUAUCUGAGACAGAAAAUAAUCAUGGUAAAUAAUUUUUAUAUUUUUAGAAAUGCCUAUUAUGACAGAAUAUGUAGCAACUCGAUGGUAUAGAGCCCGAAAAAUACUAUUUGGAUCUAAUUAUUAUUCUACUGCUGUCGAUAUGUGGAGUGUCGGUUGCAUUUUAGGAGAAAUGAUAUUUGGUAAAGCAUGCUUUGCAGGUAUGAAUACUAUUAUCAAAAGGAACUUCAACUUUGGAUUAAAUUGACAAAAUUAUUUAAUUGAUUGGAAAACCUACUAUAUCUGAAUUGGAAUCAAUCAAUGCUCCUAUGGGUUAUCAAAUUAUUGAGUAAAUUAAUUGCAAAAAGCAAUUCAGUUACCCACAAUUUUUUCCAAAGGCCAAUGAUAUCCAAAUUGAUUUUUUAAAGUAAAUAUUAUAGAAUAAUUAGAAAAUUGUUAGUUUACAAUCCAAAAAAUAGACUGACAGCUGAAUUGGCUUUAGAUCAUCCAUAUCUAAAAGAUUUCAAACAAACAGAAUAAGAAAUAAUAUUAGAUUAAUACAUUACCACUCCACUUAAUGAUAACAAAAAACUUAAGCUAUCAGAUUAUAGAGAUGCCCUAUAUAAGGGACUCAUAACUAAAAAGUCUAAAAAUUUACUUAGCACUAAUUUUUCUAGUUAUUAAACUUAUAAAUAGAGUAGAAAUGAACCCAAUUCAAAUACUAUUGUAGUUAAAUCUGAUACUGAGCAAUAUAUAUACAAAUAACCAGUUAAUUAACAAUAAUAAGUCAGAUGUAAAUCUAGAUUAGAUUAACGAAGUGAAUCAGUUUCUAAAAAAAUUGCCUAAACCUAAUAUUUCAACACUUAAGAUAUUAUAAGAAUUUAAAGGCAAACUGACAAAUCAAAAUCUUUUCACAUCGAUGAAGAAGUAGCAUUUUUAAUUCAUUUUAGAUGACGACUGUUCAUAAGUCAAUAACUAAAUAAUAGUUGCUUGAUGAAUAGGUUCCAACUACAACUAUUCAUAAACAAUAAGAGAAAUCUUGUAAUCGGAUGAGACCUUCGAAUGGAAGUAAAUUCUCUGAAAGCAAAGAAAAUUCAAGAAUUAAUUCAUUAGAAGGAACUAUUAAUAAUCAUCUCCUUGCUUAAACAAAAUUUAAUUUUCAUAAAAAUUAUUGAAGAAAAAAUAAGUCAGCGAUAUUUACAGGUAUCUAAUCCUAAAUAUAUAAAUAGAUAACCUCAUUCGAUCUAAUAAAAUUCUAAGCCUAAGUUA